AUGGCAAUUUUGUGCACAGUGAACCUUAAAGCGGGGUUGGAAAGUGCAGUGGACUUAGCCCAAGUUGCCGUUCCCGAGGGAGCUCAGCCUGCUCCCCCCGGAGAUGUCAUCGAAGCUCAGCAAACUUCAGCUAUCCGCGUGGACCAGGCGAUAAACACUGCACCUGUCGCUCCCGCCGUUGCGCCUAUAUAUGCGGCAACAGGCUCCACGCCUUCAACCACGAUCGCUGCAUCUGGGUCGCCUCCCAAAACAGAUGUAGCAGCGCACCUGUCCGAAGUCGAAAUCCAGCUCCAACCUCAACCGAAGCUUCUACCCGAACCCCAGCCCUCAAACGAGCCGCGACCCCACAACCAGACUCAGUUAACAGCUCCCAUGGAGAUGUCGCUACCGUUGCCCAGACCCCAGGUUCCCACUGAUUUGGUCCAGGCCGCCGAGGCCUCCCCCCGCAACUCUUCGGCCAUGCUGGAGAUGAGAGGCCUCAGCGCCACAGCGGCGCAACUUAAGCACGCAGCUGACAAGGUAGCGCUACAGGGCCACCGCCUGACCGAGGCUGGCGGGAGCGUUGCGCGCACCCCUUCCACCGGCGACACUGCCGCUGCUGAGGAGCCGAUAGCGAUCAAGGUUAAGACCACGCGGCGCCCGCAUCAGGCUGGAGCCGGUUGCGGCACCGUAGGGGAUACGUCGUCCUCCGUGUCCCACAGCCACAGCACCGCGUCUUCUCAGCAGCCGGGCUCAUAUACGCAGCAGGCCACCAACCUUCCCCAGGACGUUUCCUCGGUUAUGAUGGGUUCCUCGGCUGCGCAGGCGCCGUCCACGGCAGGUGAGACGGCGGCUCCAACAGGUGCCGGCGCCAGCCGCGCCGGCAGCGAGGCUAUAGAAGGCUCCAACAACGCCAUGUCGGAACCGUCGGCGACAGGCAGCACCCCGGCCAGUAAGGGCGGUAAUACAGGCUUCAUGUUCGGGGCGCCGAGGUUGAAGGAGCAUAAGAAGGAGCGAAGGAAGGACGUCAAGCGCAGCAAGUCUCAGAGCUCCGGAUCCAAUGCCUCAGGCGCGCAGCCGGCCCCCGGUGGCAGCGAGGUCAUCAGCGGCAGCAAGGCCAGCGGAAGCGACGCUCUCGCCGGUGGUGGCACUGGCAGCGGCAUACGUGCAACCGGCAGUAGUGGCCAGGCCGGCACUAUGGUGGGCAGCAGCGCCGCCGACCCGAGCCUUGGCUCCUUGGAUAUGAUGGCCUCUUCCACGCCCACCAUCGGCACAGCAGGCGCAGGCUCACCUACCUUGGGCGCACAGCCCGGCGGUGGCCUGUACACUGCUGGCAGCAGCACCGGCGGCACCAUGGACUAUUCCAGUGUUGGGCGCCGCAUCAGCAGGCCCACACGCGGCAGCAAGCCUGAUGCCCCGGCCGCGACCGCGGUGCGGCCCAACAGCCGCGCUCGGACCGACCCAAGUGGUUCCAAUGCAGCCAGCAGCUCCAAUAACACCGGCGGAGGAGCCUCCGCGGAGGCGUCCGCACCUGGAGCCGAGUCGAUGGUUGGGCCGUGCAAUAGCGGGAUGCCGGAAGCUGUUCCGGAGGGAGAGGAGGACGGCGAGGACGAGGAAGGGGCGCGCAGCGACGGCGAUGGCUCCCCGCGCAGCAGCAGCGAGCACCUGAGCAUCAUGUCGCCACCGGAGGGCAGUGACGUAGAGAACGUGCUCAUGCUCAUUUGCAACAUCUUCCAGCUACCUGUGGCGCUGGUGGCAGCCUACCGGUACGGGCUUCCGGGCGGUGGGGGCGGUGCCGGGUUUCCAAAGAGUCCGGCGUCGAGUUCCGCCAACAUCUUUAUCCGCAGCACUGCGCUGCGGCUGACUGAUGACGACCAGUGGCGCUACAGCCUCGCGCAGUGGUCCAUGCUCAACGCCUACGAACUCAGGGACGUGCUAAUCGUGCCCGACGCGGGACUGGACGACCGCUUUCGCGAGUACUACUGCGUCAAGCAAGAGCCCAAGGUGAAGUUCUUCAUGGCCUCACCGCUGCGAAGCUCCACCGGGGAGGUGCUUGGGACGCUCUGCAUGGCGGACUUUAAGGAGCGUACCCUGGAGCCCACCAACUUGCUGGUGGUCAACAACCUGCAGACGCUGGUCAUUCGGCAGCUGGAGAGGGACAUGGCGCUGGCGCAGGAGCGUGCUCAGAACGAGGAGGCCACGGAGCAACUGCAGCAGGAGAUGAUGCGUGCGCUGGACCACUUUGAAAAGUGCAUCAUGUUUGUGGACACCAGCAAGCCGGGCUGGGAGGUGCUGUACACUAACAUGGCCUGGGAGCACGUCACAGGGGUGCCUCGGGAGCACGUACUCGGCAGAGUGCCGGACGGUACCUGGGACCCCAGCCGCGUCCCGCGCGUGCACGUGAUGGGUCGUCCGCUCCAUGACUUUUUUAUGGCGUUGGGCGGUGCGGCUCUGGACUGGUCGUCCACUGCGGACGAGGUGGCCUCACGGGCGGAGUUCACGGUGCAUCGAGUGGCGGUGCGGCAAAAGCCUGACAAGCUGGUAUCACUGCACCUCAGGCUGGCUACCCAGCAGGCCUCUGGGGAGUUAGAGGGACUGCUGCCCAAGGGCCUGCCAGGCUGGGUCAAGGCGCGUGGCAACGAAGCGCACAACUACUUUGUGUUUGUGGAGGAGGUCAACCCGCAGGCCGGUGGGGGCUCGACGGUGUAUGAGGCCCUGGCCAAGCACGUGGAGAAGGUUCCGGGUCUGGAGCUGAGCCACUUGCUGGGGAAGGGUGGAUUUGGCUCCGUCUACUACGGCACCUGGAACGGCAUGCCGGUGGCGGUCAAGAUGAUUGAUAACAAGCUGACCAAAACCAACACGGAGGGUGUGUCUCUGGAGGCGCUGAUGGGCCAGGAGCUGUCGCACCCCAAUAUCGUCAAGACCAUUAAAUACGUAAUGCGCAGCAACAUCAAUGCCUCCUCCGUGUCCGGUUCCAAUUCACGCGGCGGCGUAAACUCAGCACGCAACAUGCCGCCCGGCCUGCACUCGCGCAACCGCGAGGGGCACGGACCAUACAGCGGCGGCAUCGCUGCCAGCUGCCACGGCAGUCGCAACGUUAUGUUGCCGGCGGCGGGCAGCAGCGGCGCCGGCGUUAACGGUAACGGCGGCGCCAACGGUGGCGCGGCGCCGCAUCAGAUGACGGGCAUGAUGUCGUACAUGACGUCGGCGCAGCCGGGCCUGUCCGGCAUGACAAGCGCGCAGAUGGCGGCUGCGGCGGACCUGACGUCGGCGUCUGCCAUGCAACACUUCAGCCGCAUGGGUACGACAAUGACCAGCGACGCGACCACCGUUGCCGGCGGUGGCAGUCAGUACUCUGGGAAGCCGCGGUAUGGCAGCGGCGUUGUUGAUGGCAGCAGCGGAGUACCGCUGCGCGAAUUUAAUCUAGCUGCAGCUGGAGUGCCGAAGGUACCGGGAGGCAGCGCUGCACCUGGCACUGCCGCCACCAGUGCCACCACUACCAGUGGUGCCACCGCUGUCGGCCCGGCAUCCCUACAUGCAUCCUCUGCCUCCACUGCCGCUGGACCGCCGUCGAUUGCGAGCGCGGGUGGCAUCGCCGCUAACCAGACGGGCAUCGCCUCUCCUGCGGCCUCCUCCCGCACCGUCUCGGUCACUGGCCCAACGCCUGAGCAUGCCAGCGUGCUCCUGGCAUCCGGCGGUCACGCUGGCCAUGAAGCAGCCUUGGCCUCCAGACUUCGCGGCUCAGGCCCUUUAUCGCUGGCAAAUGCCCCCGACAAAAAGCCGGUGGCAAUGGACGUAUCGCUGCCGGCGCAAAUGCCGCCGCUUGCUGCGCCGGCAGGCGACGGGGCGCCAUCCAUCACGGCGCCCUAUCCACCCGGCGCGCCGCCGCCCAACCUGCAGCACCUGACCCUUGAGCAGCAGCAGGCCGCUAUGACGUCGCGCUUCUCACUGGCGUUUUCCACCAUCACCUCGGGAGGCGAUGUGCUGGUGCCGGGCAAGGGGAGCCGGUCACCCUCUACUAGCAGCGGCGGCCACACACAGCAGAUGGGUCACACCGGCAGUGUGGGGAGCGGCGAGGACAUGGGCGAGGUGUGGAUCAUCAUGGAGUUUUGCGACAGGGGCAGCCUGCAGGACGCCCUGGACCGAGGAGCCUUGAAGCUACGCAAGCCUGGUGGCGAGAUGGGUGAGACACACUUACCCAUGAUGGUGGCUACAGCCUGCGAGGUGGCGUCGGCGCUGCAGUAUCUGCACGAGAGGGGCAUCGUGCACGGCGAUCUUACAGCCUGGAAUGUCAUGCUGUGUACGUCGGAAGGCGGUCAGCAAGACCGCAGCGGCCGCACUUUCGUAGCCAAGGUCGCCGACUUUGGUUUGAGCCGCACCUUGGACGUGAGGUCCAAGAUCAAGACACGGACUUACGGCACGAUCAGCCACAUGCCGCCCGAGUGCCUCAUCUCAGGCAUCAUAAGCAAGGCAAGUGCCGGGGGAGAGGCGACAGACGUGUUUGCGUUCGGCGUCCUGCUGUGGCAGAUGUACACGGGGCUGCGCCCCUGGGCCGGCAUGAACCACGGCCAAAUCAUUUACAACGUGGGCAUGAAGAACGUGCAGCUGCUGUUUCCACCGGGAACGCCGCCUGCCAUCGCGGACCUGUCCAGCAGCUGCACCCGGACGGAACCCACUCAGCGUCCCAGCUUUAAAGAGAUUCUUGAGAAGCUGGACAACAUCCGGGCCAGCCUGGGCUUAUAG